UUCCUAAAUUUUCAAUCCUAUGUUUCAAACUCUAAGCUGCAGAACACAACACCCAAUGGACUCAACUGUAAUCCAUGUAAAGUCCCUCUGCAACAGUUUCCUCCUUAGUUCUCCUACCCUUUUCACCUAUAACCCAAAGAACUUCAAUUCCAUCACAUUCACCAGGAGGAGCUUUGCCAAAAAGUCUGGUGCUUUUUCCAAAAUCAUGGCUUCUGCUACACCUACAGCAACACCCAUCACCUUUGGGUUCAAUAAUUUGAUGGAAACCUUCACUGUUGAUGUGCAUAGAGCAGAGAAUAGGCCAUUGAACGUGCCCUUGAUUGCCCCUUUUACCAUUGCUACCUCAAGAUUGGAGAAGGUGGAAAACGUGGCCAUUAGAGUUGAGUUGAGUAAUGGUGCUGUGGGGUGGGGUGAGGCACCAAUUUUGCCUUUUGUUACUGCAGAGGACCAACCCACGGCCAUGGCCAAGGCUUCUGAGGCAUGUGCCUUCUUGUUGAGAUGCCCUGCACUAACAUUGGGUUCCAUGUUGGGGGAGAUUGGUGGUAUUCUCCCAGGACAUGAAUUUGCUUCAGUUAGGGCUGGGGUGGAGAUGGCGAUAAUUGAUGCUGUAGCAAAUAGUAUUCGUGUGCCAUUGUGGAGGCUUUUUGGUGGGGCUUCAAAUACCAUAACCACUGAUAUAACAAUCCCUAUUGUUUCUCCAACUGAAGCAGCUGAAUUGGCUUCUAAGUACUAUAAAGAAGGAUUUAAGACUUUAAAGCUGAAAGUGGGCAAGAAUCUGAAUGCAGAUAUAGAAGUGCUUCAAGCUAUUCGUGUUGCCCAUCCUGAGAGUCAAUUUAUUCUCGAUGCUAAUGAGGGCUAUAACUCUGAGGAAGCAGUGGAAGUUCUUGAGAAAUUACAUGAAAUAGGAUUGACUCCUGUUCUGUUUGAGCAACCAGUUCAUAGAGAUGAUUGGGAUGGUCUUGGAUAUGUUAGUAACAUAGCAAGAGAAAGAUACGGAAUAUCGGUUGCAGCUGAUGAGAGCUGCAGAAGUUUAGUUGAUGUUUACAAGAUAGCCGAAGGGAAUCUUUCAGAUGUCAUUAACAUUAAGCUUGCCAAAGUUGGGGUUGUGGGUGCCCUGGAUAUCAUUGAAAAGGCAAAAGUAGCAGGAUUAGAUUUGAUGAUUGGUGGUAUGGUUGAGACAAGACUAGCUAUGGGUUUUGCUGGCCACCUUGCUGCUGGCCUUGGGUGUUUUAAGUUCAUUGACCUAGACACACCACUUCUGCUGUCAGAUGAUCCAGUUCUUGAAGGCUAUGAAGUUUCAGGUGCCACUUAUAAGUUCACAAAUGCAAGGGGACAUGGUGGAUUCCUUCAUUGGGACAAUAUUGCUUAACAUUAGAAAUGUUUAAGCGUAAAUGGACAAGUUGGUCAGAAGGUCAGACCCCACAAAGAGCUAUCUAACAAAUGAAUAAUAAUCGCAGAAGGGCUUAAUGCAUGAAAAAUAAGGUGUGCAGUUAUGAUGUCUAUGGUGGUAAUUACAAUAACAGUCAUUAGUGAAUAUUUGUUGUUCAGAAUGAGUAGCUAGCUACUAAUCUACAAUUGCUAUGUAUUUGACGUUUUCCAUUCCUCCCCAGUUUCUGGACAAGAAAAGAGGUCU